GCCGCAGCCCCGCGGGCGGCGGGCGGAGAGCGCGGCCCCCCCGCCCCGCCCCGCGCCGCACGGCACCGCUCCGCACCGCACCGCACCGCACCGAGAGCGGCCCGGGCGGCCCCGUCCUGCCCCGCCGCCGCGAUGAGGAGGCGCGCCCGGGCAGCCGCGCCGUGCGCCGCGGGGCUCCGGCACGGCAACGAAUUUCAAAACAAAGACCUUCAUUGAUGCUGCUUGUGCCCUGAUGCCAAACUCUUCCCAGUAUCACAGAACAUCCCAUCCAUACAUCCUUGCAGUCUGAGCAUGUUGCAACCUCCAGACUGAUUUAGCACAGAAGGAACACACCAUGAGUCCAGGACGAGGUCUCUUCUAUGGACAUUGAACUCCCAGCUACCUAUGCCUAUUGCCUGUGAUGGAAGAACUUGACGUUAAUGUGAGUUCGAGUGAGGGCUUUGGCAUAGCGGAGAAGAUCGUGCUGCUCACCUUCAUCUCCGCCGUGAUACUGAUGGCCAUCCUGGGGAACCUGCUGGUGAUGGUGGCUGUGUGCCGGGACAGGCAGCUCAGGAAAAUCAAGACCAAUUAUUUCAUUGUCUCCCUUGCCUUUGCUGACCUGCUGGUGUCAGUGCUGGUGAUGCCGUUUGGAGCCAUUGAGUUGGUUCAGGACAACUGGAUCUAUGGAGAGAUGUUCUGCCUGGUCCGAACGUCCCUCGAUGUCCUACUCACCACAGCGUCAAUCCUGCACCUGUGCUGUAUCUCUCUGGACAGGUACUAUGCUAUCUGCUGCCAACCUCUGGUUUACAGGAACAAGAUGACUCCAUUGCGCAUUGCUGUAAUGCUUGGAGGGUGCUGGGUAAUCCCAACAUUUAUUUCUUUCCUUCCUAUCAUGCAAGGCUGGAAUAGCAUUGGCAUCAUUGAUCUGAUUCAGCAAAGGCAGUUCAACAAGGCUUCCAACUCCACCUACUGCAUAUUCAUGGUCAACAAGCCAUACGCCAUUACCUGCUCCGUGGUGGCCUUCUACAUUCCCUUCUUCCUGAUGGUGCUGGCCUACUACCGCAUCUACGUCACGGCCAGGGAGCAUGCCCGCCAGAUCCGGGUGCUGCAGCGUGCGGGGGCCCCCACCGAUGGCCGGCAGCACCACCCCGACCAGCACAGCACGCACCGCAUGAAGACUGAGACCAAAGCUGCCAAAACCCUGUGCAUCAUCAUGGGGUGCUUCUGCCUGUGCUGGGCCCCCUUCUUUAUCACAAACAUAGUGGACCCUUUCAUAAACUACACGGUGCCGGGGAAGCUGUGGACAGCUUUCCUGUGGCUGGGCUACAUCAAUUCAGGGUUGAACCCUUUCCUCUACGCCUUCCUGAACAAGUCUUUCAGACGUGCCUUCCUCAUCAUCCUGUGUUGUGGUGAUGAACGAUACCGAAGGCCUUCCAUCUUGGGGCAGACGGUUCCCUGUUCCACAACCACAAUAAAUGGAUCAACUCAUGUACUGAGACGGAAACCGCUGAAGAGGGUUCCAGCCGUGAGAGAAAGAAAAACGCAGGGAAAGGUACACUGUUCUACGUAAUGGGCAUCAUCAGGAACAUGAGAAGCUUCCCAUCCACAAUGACCCUGAAUCCCAAGAGUCCUGCUUCUAGUCAUGGUCC